AUGCUCGACAUGGAGCCCGAAAAGAAGGAGAAGACACGGUUUUUCAAGACACCGCGACUCGGGUCGAGAAGGAUGCGGAAUCGACUUGUACAGAAAAAUGGGAUCUGCAAUAUUGCUUUGAAGAACGUACCAAAGCAAAGGCGGAAAUACUUUAGCGAUAUCUUUACGACGGUUAUCGAAAUGAAAUGGAGAUGGUGCCUUCUCUACUUUUCGCUCAACUUUGUCCUCUCGUGGACGUUUUUUGCGUUGAUUUAUUAUAGCAUUGCCAAUUCCCACGGUGACCUCGAGCCCUGGAACAUGAAAAGUACAAACUGGACGCCGUGUGUACAAAAUGCCGACUCCGAGCUCAAUUUCUACCUCUUCUCCUUCACCACGCAGACGACGAUCGGUUAUGGGUAUCGAUAUCCAACUGAUCAGUGUCCUCUGGUAGUUCUGGCGAUGAUGGUGCAAUUUAUGUGGGGUAUUUUGUCACAGACGCUCAUGGCUGGUGUGAUCUUUUCAAAGUUGGCCAGACCGAUCAAACGAGCGGCGACGCUCAUCUUUAGCAAAAACGCGGUAAUCUGCAUGAGGGACGGGAAGUUGUGCCUCCUCUUCCGAGUCGGAGACAUGAGGAAGAGCUCGUUGGCUGAAGCGCACGUUCGGUUACAGAUGAUCAAACGUUGUAUAACCUACGAGGGAGAGUUGUUACCAUUUCAUCAAUUUGAUAUGGACGUCGGGUAUGACGAAGGGUUGGAUCGAGUCUUCGUAAUAUGGCCCAUCACGAUAUGCCAUGAAAUUGACGAAAAUUCACCACUCUACGACGUCAGCAAGGAGAGCUUGAUGACGGCCAAAUUUGAGAUUAUUGCGAUAUUGGAGGGCGUUGUGGAAUCGGUGGGGUCGACAACACAAGCAAGGACCAGUUAUCUUCCAAAUGAAAUUUUAUGGGGGAAACGAUUCGAGAAACUGGUGCACUACAAAAAAGAAAACGGGCAAUACCAUAUUGAUUUCCAAAAAUUCCACAAUGUCUAUGAUGUGAAAACGCCACCAUGUUCAGCGAAGGAAUUGGAUGAGAUGAGGACCGCGGGCACCUUCAACGAAAAGGAAUACCAGAUCUACCAUCACGAUAGCCAAAAUGCACUGAAUAUCGACGCGAUGGAGAACAUUCCGGAGGUAACUCUCACUCAACCCGAGCCACCCCUCGUCAAUAAUAUCAGUGUUGCCGUCAAUAGUACUCCACAUGUGGUAUUACGAGUCGAGUCGGAUGACGAGAAUAGCGGCGAGGAGGGCACCGGAUUGGAAUUGGUGGAAUGCGGCGGGACGACUCGCCACAAACGCUCGAUCCGCUCGAUCUCGCCGACCUCGACCGAGUUGAUGCCUUUGCAGAAGAAGAUUUCCUUGAUGUACAAGCAAUUAGUUCUGGCUACGGAAGCGGCUAAUGACGAUGAGGAUACCUUUAUUACGGUCUUUACUGGUUGUGGUGAUGAGUUUUAUUCGUCUGGAAAUGACUUCAGCCCGGCGGCCGGCAAUGUACCUGACAUGGACGAAAUCGACCCGCAGCCCUUGCACAAAGUCUGGACGAAUCGGUUGAUCAAACAUAAAAAGGCACUGAUCGCCCUGGUGAAUGGGCCGGCGAUAGGCAUCGCUUGUACGACGUUGGCGCUGAUGGAUCAUGUGAUCAUCUCCGAUAAGAGUUACUUCCUCUGCCCGUUCACGCAGUUUGGAUUGUGCCCGGAAGGAGCUUCGAGCCACACUUUUGAAAACAUUAUGGGUCGGGCCAAGGCCGGAUCCCUCGCUCUCUUCGCCGAGAAAAUGUCCGCUCAAGAAGCUUUCCAAUGUGGCUUUGCCUCCAAGAUCGUCCCACACGAUCGCUUCCGUGAGGAGACCGGCAAGCUGCUUGAGAAAUACGCCAAGUUGGCUCACCACGUAACCCAAAAA